AGCCAUGGCCAUGUGAGCUUGCUGGCAUCCUCUUCAUCAUGUCUGCCACGAGGAGAGACUCUGUCGGUGCGAAAACGCGACUGCAGUUCGUGGUGCCAGCGAAAGGCGUAGUUCUGCACAAACCAGCUUCGCUUCGCAGGCGAGAGAAAGCUUCGAGUGAAACAGCGGGAUCGUGUUUCGCGCUGGGGCGCCGCGAUGUGUGCGUGUCCAGCCGAGGUCGAGGUCGAGGUGUACAGCACCAGCAUAUCGUUCCGUCACGUGCACCCAACGGACAGGUGGACGUGCUAUAGUCCAUCUCGUUUAUCCCUCAAUGGAUUUGCCAGAAAUGGGAAUUCUGUGCUGUGCUAGUAGGUGCGCGUGCGCACCAUAAGCCCUCGCACGAGAAACGCCGUGCACUGUAGCGCAGUGUCAGUGCGUCGCUCGCCACUCGCACCAUCAUCCGUGCGACGGAAGUCCGCGGCGUAGUUUUUCGUCAAUCCGUGGAAGCGAAGGUGGCUGGGGGAAGCCCGGCGGGGGACGAGUCGUCCGCCGCCGUAGUAACGCGCGCAGGCACUGUAGCAUGGUCAGUGGUACUAAGGGCGGAAUAUGAUGUGAUGAGUGUCCCCCUGGCGGGAGUGUGACCUGCACGCCCCAUGGCGGUUGACGCCUUUCUGGAUCUUGGCACCGCCGCACGUGUCGCUGCUGCUACGCUGCACGGCGAUGGCACGGCUCGCUCGGAAAGAAGGGGCACGUCGCGGCGCCGGGAGCGCGGGAGUCACCCGAUGGUCGCGACCUUGUCCGUCUGCCCAUCCGUCCCUCCGUCCGUCCGUGGGGCGAACCCUCUGGCUCUAUGCCAGAGUGCUACUGGUGGAGGAAUUACCAGUACUGCUAGUAGUAAUAGUAGUAUUGGUACCUCGCAGCUGAAUGACAGUGUCACACCCAGUCCCUACUACUUAUCCUUGAGAGGACAGAUCCACCUUUCACUUCCUCUUCCACCCGAUUCAGCAUUUCAAGACUCUCGCUAACCCGCAUUCUUGCAACAACUCGCGUUCCUCCAAGCGCGGCCAUCUUCUUAGCGGUUCCGCCUACGCGCUGCACCUACGCGUCUUUCUCCGUAGCCCUCCACCCACCUUCAAUCAAUCUUAGCAAGCUUUCCCGCCCCAAAUAUUCGAGCCGGCGCCUGCAACCAACGGCCUCAACCUACAACCACAGCGUCCGUAUUGCUGCAAGGAAGCCAAGGGCCCUACGCUCUCUUACCCUCCUUCCGUCCACCAACUGGUCUGUGGGCGCCUGUGGCCACUUAAACUCCCAGGUGCUGCUACCACAAGGCCAUGCGCUGCACCCUCUAGCGUCACGGCACUCACAUGAGCGGCACGAGGAAGCUUCUACUCAUGGCGGACAGUGCUACUACCGCUGUUGCUGUUGCUGCUGCUGCUUCUGCUGCUGCUUCUGCUGCUGCUUCUGCUGCUACUGCUACUUCUGCGGACGUUCUUCCCGAGUCACUUGCUGCAGUGUUCUUCUCUAUGGACGACCUUACCCCCAUCCUCCCCUCCCCGUGCACCAUCGCGGCAUGCAACGCACUGCCGCCGACUGUGCACGACUCGGUGCACUCGUCUUCGUCUCGCGGCAUCAACCAGACGACAGCGGGGUGCAGGAGCGCUCCUAACUCCAACCCGCCUUCCCCUGAGCGUGGCGCUGAGCAUGCCACUCGUGUGGUGAUGGGCGAUGAAAAGCACAGCGGGGUGAGCAGCGCCGCUCACCCGCAGUGGCGCCCGUCUUUUGAGUGGCAGCUCACAGCGGAAAGGGAGUGUCAGGCGCUGAGCCACGUGGGAGGAGCAUCCGCAAGGGAGGCGUGGUGUGAGGCGCCUCAAGAAGCUCCAGCGUCUGGUUUUGCCUUGAAGGAGGCAAGGACCGAAGAGGGGAGCGCAACCAAGGGGGGGAAGGACGGGCGAGGAUGCUCUGGCCGUGGCGCUGUGGAAAAGUCAGGCCAAUUCACGGGUGGGGAGAAGCAGAUAAAGCGCAUGCUGGCAGCGCUGUCACAGCUGGCAAGUUGUGUGGCACAAGAGGCAUGCGUUGAGACAUCUGGCAGUGCACGGCGUGCAACUGGCAAGGUGGCUCAGGAGCCGUUCCAUGUGGACAGCAAGGCUGAGCUUGGCACUGUACCUGACAAAAGUGAUCGCCGCAUUAUGGCGAAAGAGACGUGCUCUCUCCCUAACGAGGACAAACCGUCUGACUGUGACUUGCAAGUGGCUGCAGCAGCAGCCGAGGCAGAAAAGGCAGUGCUGGCAAGCAAGGUGGCAGGUCGAGCGCAGAUGGGCGGAGGGAACGAGGAGGAGAGGCAGCAGCUGAAGGCUCUGCUGCAGGCCCUGAAGCACAUCGAAGAGCGGCAUCAGGAGCCACAGCAGCAGCAGCAGCAGCAACAGCGGCCGCAGCCGCAGCAGCAACAGCAGCCGCAGCAGCAACAGCAGCCGCAGCAGCAACAGCAUCUACAACAGCAGCAGCAGCCACAACAGCAGGAUGAGAAAGAAGAGGGCCACCGAUUCUCACCCCACUCAGUUCCAGCAGAUGCCCUUGCCUUCAACUACACUCCUUGGUACGGGCCAGAUGGCUCUCUGCGAGUGGCCCACAGAAAGGGGGUCCGGGGGCACAUGGGGAAAAGAGGUGGCAAGGGGAGCGGCGGUGGUGGGUGCGUUAAUGGUGGUGCAGAGAGGAGCGGCAGCCCUGACUCUGCUGUGGGUAGCCGCGGCAUCAGCAGCAAUGUGAGCUGUGGGAUGAAGCCAUGGGAUGCAGAUGGCAUCAGCAGCGGCAUCCUCAGUGCCGGUGGCACCAGUGCUGCCACAGCGAGCGGUGUGGGGAGGAAGAGGAAGAGCCCAGAGUGGAACUCUGGCUGUGCUACAGCUGUGCACGAGUGGCAGCACCGCAGACAGGCUCCCCGUGGCUGCUACAACCCCAGUGUGCUCGGGCUGGCCUCCACCGCUUUGAAUAUGCAGUCUGAUCCGACCACUACCUUGUCCAUUCACUCUAAGCAUUGUACUUCAGGCCUGCACAUACGUGCAGUGGGGCCGGCUUUCGUGGCUGGUCAAAGUGGUGCAUUGGAGGCCACGUGCAGCAAGGAUUGCUCCAUGGGUGGGGCAGCACGGCAGCAGAUGCACCUCCAGGCGCAGGCACAACUGCAGCAACAGAGGCAUGAGCACGUCUCCCAGCAUCCCCGUCACUCGUCACCCGAGGCCAGCAACCAGCGCUGUCGUGGUGGCAGCGAUGGGUCAGCGAGCACAGGUAUGGGCGCUGCAACGACCAGCUGCAGCACCGGGCAAGUGGGCGAGCUCAUCCACAUGGAUGGCCCGGUGCAGUGCCACACCGACACUGCGUACCUUGGGUUCGAGGUUGAGGCUAUGCGGAGUGCUCAACAGCAGCCUGACUGUGCGCUUCUGGAGGAGGACUUGUGUGUGAGUGCCGAGGAGGAUUGGUGCCCGGCAACAGACGAGUGGCAGACGGGGGGGGGGCGUGGAUUGCAAAACGAGGGCCAGACGAAGGGUGAGUGCCAGGGCAAUGAAGAGGAAUGGAUGCCGAGGUGCCAGGGUGCGAGGAGCGGUUCGGGUGCGCGGAGCCUGAGGAUAAAGAGCCGGAGCAUGGCGGAGCGGCGGAGGAGGGAGAGGAUCAGCGAGGGGCUGCAGAGGCUGAGGGUGAAGGUGAGGGGGCGAGGCGACACGUGUGCCAUGCUGGAUAGAGCCGUGCGCUACGUGGAUGUGCUGGAGCGCCGUGUGGGGGAGCUCGAGAGCUACGUGCUCGCUGGCACCGGGAGUUUUGCUGGUGCCAGGGGUGACACUUCUGCUGCUGCUGCUGGUAACCCUAUCAGAUGCCCUUCUCCAGUCACAGGGCCUCUGUUGCCCAGCCGCUUUUUUGCCGUAGCAGCUGCUGGCAGGCAUACAGUUGGGGCUGCCAGUGGUGGCGGCGUUGCUGCUCCUAAUGACGACUCGAAUGCUGUUGUAGGUUUGGCUGGGAAUAACAUGGGAGCCUUAGGGUUAGGGCAGUGUGGUAUGGCUGCAAUGCCAUCUUCCUUUCCCUUCAGAUUCUGACUCUGUGUGGUAGUGCUCCCUUGCAACAUGCAUUGCCGCCGGUGCUUAGGUGCUUCAGCCUGUGUAGAAAGCUGAAGUGAGGUAACAAGCAGGCCAGCCAAGUCUUCAGUAGAACUGCAUCCUGGAGUGAGGUGUACUGCAGUCCAACUAUUGAUAUAUUCUCAAUAAAU